AUGGAUAACAAGUCAGUCAGUUUGAGCACUAGUCCGCCCCGGGUCGUCGGCGGCGGCGGCUCCGGCGCCGUGGACCAUGAACUGGUUAUCACGUCCACUUUCGGGACGCUGCUGUCCGUGGUGUAUAUCAUCGGCGUGUCGGGAAACGUGCACACUCUGGUGGUGAUGUGUCACUCGAUCCGUUUCGCGACCUCCAUGUACAUCUCCAUCAUCAACCUGGCUCUGGCGGACUUGCUCUAUCUCUCCACCAUCCCGUUCGUGGUGGCCACGUACUUCCUGAAGGACUGGUACUUCGGGGACGUGGGAUGCCGCAUCCUCCUCAGCCUGGACCUCCUCACCAUGCACGCCAGCAUCUUCACUCUCACCGUCAUGUGCACGGAGCGCUACCUGGCCGUCACCAAGCCGCUGGACACGGUCCGACGCUCCAAGAAUUACCGCAAAGCCCUCGCCUGGGGGGUCUGGCUCCUUUCCCUCUUCCUCACCUUACCGAUGAUGAUCAUGGUCACCCAGACCACCAAGAGCACCCCGGAAGGCGGGGUGAAGAGAAUGUGUGCGCCCACCUGGGCACCGCUGGCCUACAAAGUGUACGUGACCGUGCUGUUUGGCACCAGCAUCAUGGCACCGGGGCUCAUCAUCGGCUACCUGUACAUCAAGUUGGCCCGCACCUACUUAGAGUCCCAGCGGAACUCGGUCAUCAACAAGGGCAGCAAGCGCUCACCCAAGCAGAAAGUUUUGAUCAUGAUUUUCACCAUCGUGCUGGUGUUCUGGGCGUGUUUUCUGCCGUUUUGGAUCUGGCAGCUGCUGCCCCUGUACCACACCAAACCCCUGAGCCUGGCCUCGCAAACGCACACCUGCAUCAACUACCUGGUGGCGAGCCUCACCUACAGCAACAGCUGCAUUAACCCCUUCCUCUACACGCUCCUCACCAAGAACUACCGGGAGUACCUGAAAAACAGACACAAGAGUUUCUACCGUUACACGUCCUCGUUUAAGCAGCGGCCGCCCAGCCUGUACUCGUGGGGCAAGUCGGCGUCCUCCAGCAAUCAGUUCGAGUUCAACUCGGACACCCUGGCGAUGGGGACGCUCAAGUGACAGCUGGAGGAAGGGAACGAAUCGGCAGCUGUCAAGAGGGCUUCUCCAGGCUAGCAGGCGGUUGGCAUCGCCCCCCGGCGCGGCUCAAGGCAGGGCGGGGUCGGAGAUGGCGUGCGCGGGGUCACAGGUGAACGACACGGUGAUGGCGUACCGCGUGCCCCA